CAUGCACUUUGAAUUAUCAAUUAUAAUUAACCUAACCGAACUCUUGGGGAACUAUAAGUAUAUAUGGGUGUCAAAUGAUAAGAUAUCGAGUUGUAUUUUCACCAUGUACAUCAAAACACUGUUUGUUACUCUCUUCUUCGCUUAUGCUGUUGCGGAAAAAUUGAAAUGUUACAAAUGCGACAGCUCAAACGGCCACCCGAACUGCCAAAGUGGGUCGGGAAUUGGUCAUGUUACAUGUGAAGAACCACCUGCGGAUGCUGGGAUCACGUGCCUCGCAUAUUCGGAAAAUGUGAAUGGAGUGACGAAAUAUGUAAGGGAUUGUGCCAUUGUGGGGGGCACUUUCGAUUACCAGGCCAUUCCACUUUGCCCUUCUAUGAGAGAAAGAGGUAGAGACAUUCGCACGUGUACAACUUGUGCGACAAAUGAUUGUAACGGAACCCCUCUUUAAAAAAGAUCAGUUGUCAAAUUAGAUUUAUUGAGCAUUGUGAAAGAAUGAAGAAAUUGUAACAUUUAAUGAGUUUAAAUAAAAAAUGUUUGCUGACAUGCUUGAAAUGGCGAA